AUGAAGGGCGCGACGCUCUGCGCGCUCGACAUGCUCGCCUCCCGGCGCAGUGCGUCGACGGUCUACGCCAUUCGCGACUGUCAAAUCUCCAAGAUGCCCCGCGUCAUCUUUGACUACAUUUUGCGCGUCUACCCCGACGUGCUGGCCCACGUGACGCGGGAAGUCGCGUACCGCUCCACGAAUG